CUUUCUCCUUCCUUUUGUAUCCCAUUACUAAGAAAAUCAAAAAGAUCCCAUUUCCUGCCGAGUGCCGACUCUUCUCUUUGUCUGGCCUUUCCCUCCUCCGUCCCUGUUAGUGCUAGGGGUCAUUUCACUAUUAUUCUCUUCACUUUUAUCAUUAGUUGCCUUUUCAGUUAUUCUUCUCUCUGGCCUUCUUCACUCAUCCUCCUUUCUCAUCAAUGGUAUCCUUUCUUAGGUUACAAGAUUUGCUCUUCUCCACCAUUAAUCUCAUCGUCUCCACUUUAGCUUGCUUCUCCUUCUUCAUUUACCUAACCGUUAGCUAGAGUAGAUGCAUCGUUUCCGCCUCAGCUGAUUCUUACCCGUUUCUUUUACGUUUUCACUUCCUCUCUCAGUUUUCUUCUUCUUUUUCUCCGGUGGAAGUCAAUGCUUUACCUUUCCUAGUUCCCGCUUCCUUUUCCUUAACCUCCCUGGUCGAUUUAGUUCUGAGAUUCGUCAUUGGCCGGAGGAAAGCAGAGUCAUUGACCUUUCUGCCCAGAUUGUGAAAAGCCCAUCUUUUGCAGCUCCCGCCUUGAAUUCCUCCAAUUCAGGGCUAGGGUUUGGUGGGUUCUCAAUGUUUAGCCAAUUGGGUAGAUGGGAUGUUUUGGGGGGAGGGGAAAGUCUCGAACUUUGCCUCUAGUCUUCGCUCUAGCCUGCUCUGUAUUUUUGGGGGGCCGAAAUUGAGGGUUUGAGAGUGUAGUAUUAUCCUGUUUUGUUUGGGUGCGUGUGAUGUCGAUGGAUGACAAGGAGGAAAAUGGAUGCGAUACCAAGCCUUUGAUAAGUAAAGAUGGCGAUGAAGUUGAGAAUCAAGGAGAUGACGGGGAAGAGGAAGAGGGCGAGUCCAAUUCUUUGUUGGCUCCGAGGAAAGGUGGGAUGUCCAGAAAGUCGGGAAAGGUGCGGCGGAAUGUUCAGUGGAACGAUAAGAAUGGGCGUAAGCUUGCAGAGAUUCUGGUGUUUGAACCCAGGCGAUGCUGACUCAGAUGACGAGGAUUCAGAUGCUUGCAUUUGUACCAUAAUGUAGAUAUUUCCAUCAUCAUCACCAAUUACAGCAGUACUCAGCAAUCUGUAGAUGACUGUCGACUACUAGAGAAGAUCCCCAAACCACACUCUCCUGUGCAGCCACAAUUUUGACACUUCUUUGGUGGAAUCAAAGGUCCAAAUUCUUGCCGUACAAGUCUACCAUGAUUCAAGCAGUUGAUGGUGCUCAUCCUGACAAUAAUAACAGAGCGGAAUACCAGUACCGUGAUGGAAGUACUCAAGAAUUUUUUUCAGGCAGUGUCAUUUGCUUGGAUCUUAUUACAUGAGGGAUUCAAAGCAGAAAGUCAUACAACAACUCUGAUCUGUCAUUUAGGAGGGUAGCUAUAGAAACUGAAAGUGAAAAUUGCUUUCAUAUUUGCCAGUGUUUGUGCAUAUUCUGUACCAGCAUCUAUAGAUCAUUCAACAAUUACUUCCCAAGUGUUCCUCUUGUCUCUUUAAUAGAGUUCCUUUCCUACGAGUUACCUCCAAGUAGUAUGGGAUUCCUUCUGGAACCACAUGUGCCAGAAUCUUGUUUGCAGAAUGAUAAUGUAAAAUUUCAUAUCUUAUCAUGACAGAAUGAGAAUAUUGGUAUACUGUUGCCAUCCAUAAUAACCCUACUUUACUUUGAAUUAGAUUCUCCACAAACAAACAAUAAUUCAGUCCAGAAUGAUGGUUCUGAGAACAAAUGAAGGAGCACCAGUGACCAGACACACAAACAGAAGUGAAAAACAGCACAAGACAGACCUCCCAUAACUUACAAAAGAAUGAUUCUACAAGACAAACAAUCACAGUUCACAACAGCCAAAUGAAUCAAAGAAUCUGGCAACAUCAUCAUAUCAAAACAACAACUGCAUUGACCAAAGGCCUCUUAAUUCACACUAAGCUUCAUGUCGAAUCCAUCAUGCCUAAUGUUUCUCCAGUUCAGUUACUUAAGUUGGUGAUAUCGGUCAUGCCUAAUGAUUCCUCUCUGCUUCUCCAUGACCGAGCACAGCUUUUGUCAACCCCGGUUUUCGG